AUGAUCGACCAGGCCGGUUUCUACGAGUACCUUACCCAGUCACUCACCCCCCUCGCACACCGAGAAAGCAGCGGGGACGCACACGGUAGUGGUAUUUCGACCUGGUACAAUACACCAGGCGCUACUGUAGCCGCGGCGCGAUCAACUGCACUCUACGGCUCUGGUGUGACUGCUCAGACAAGCCCGGAGAUCCGUCACGCCGAAUGGGGGAGAAGGAGGCUGCCUGAUGGGCCAACCCCUGACGAGGAUACGCUCUUUCAAGCCUGUUCCAUCUCGAAGGCCUUCCAGAGCCUGGCCAUUUUACAUUUCUACAGUGAAGGGAUUAUCAAGUCGCUGGACGAGCCAGUUAGGAGCAACCUUGGGAAGGCCGGAUACGAUAUUCUCCUGCAGAAUGCCGUGACCAGAGGCGUGCCCGAGGACGUGGCCGCCCAGCUUCUAGACAGAGUGACCAUCACUCAGCUCUUGUCCCAUACCGCUGGCACAACGGCGUCCGGGUUCCCAGGUUACGCCCCCCAGAGCGACCAUGUCACAACGUCGGCCGAGGUCCUCCAGGGCGGACUGGGCGACGGCAACAGCCCCCCCGUGUACGUGCACGGCAUCCCUGGCCUGCAGCGCCAGUACUCUGGCGGGGGGUCGACAGUGCUGCAGGCCAUGCUGGAAAACAUUGCCCGCGAGCAUGGGUUUCCAUCAUACGCGUUGUUGAUGAAAGAAAAAGUCCUGGAGCCGCUUGGGAUGGCACGGUCCUUCUAUUGCGAUGCCGCGCCGCUUCCACAGUCCGAAGCAAACUAUGCGACGGCUUACCAGAACGGCGCGCGCGCUCUGGAGGACAGGCAGGACUUCCACGUAUACCCAGAGCAGGGCGCAGCUGGGCUGUGGACGACGUCUCUGGAUCUCGUAAAGGGCCUGUUGGGCGUGGCGCACACAGCCCUGGGGACGCCGUCGGCGGUGAAGUUGGACGGCAAGACAUGGAUCAAGCCGGGCAUCGCACAGGAAAUCUUCAAGAAACGCCCGGACCUGGCCCAUCAAGAUCAAGGAGACGCUUACUUCUGCGGGUUCCAGGUCGAGUUCCUGGGCGGCGAGGAUAGGGUUCCCGGAGACGAGGAGCUUGUGCGCAUCUCACACGCGGGGGGCAAUGAGGGAUACGUAUGCUGGCACGCGGCGUCGUUUCCCCUGCCCAGCACGGCCGAGGCUGGAGAUGAGGUUGUGAUCCAUGCCAUGUCGUGCAUGACGAACUCAAACUACGGGGGUGAGAUCUGCGGGCCCAUGAUCUGCGCCAUCUCGGAGAUGCUUGAUAGCGCCUUGGGGGCAGGGCCUGCAGACGGGCCAUUCAGUGACAAUGCGCCGUUUGUGGCGCCAGACCCGAGGCCGUCGGCGCCGCGGGCGGGAUGGGCGGCGUAUGAGGGCAGGUGGAAGAUCAACAACCGGGCUCAGACACUCGAGAUCACAACGGGACCUGGGCCGUGUGCCCGAGUCGAGUUCAGCCACUUGAAGGGGGUGGUGCUGCCGCUGGUGGGCUGCGCGAGCAGGAAGAGCGGCGGCAUGUUGAGGCUGCGGGUGAGCUCGCUCAACGCGACCGUGGACUUUGGCACGAAGGGGGGCGAGGGCGAGGUGUCGCUGAGCCUCUGCACAGGGGGGGCGAGGCUCGAGUGCAGCCGGUGA